AAAUGAAACCCUAUUUAUGAGCUUCAUAUAUUUCCCAAAUUCCAAAUGUCAUGUGUUUGGCUUAAACGUCAAUUUCCCCCACAAUUAACAUAUACACCUCGAAAUUUUUGAAUAUUGCUUCCAAGAUCGAAAAUGACCCAUGAACCGCAGAAGGUCGUCAAGCCGGCAGUCAAGGAGACUCCGGCUGUGAGCGAGGAGACGAGAACCACGGACAAGUGCCUGGCGGACUUUUGCAUGAAGGGCGGAAGUGGCCUGAUCGUCGGCUGCGCCUUCACCUUGUUCUUCACGCGACCACAAACCUAUCCCAUUUGGCUGGGACUGGGCAUCGGAAUGGGCGUGGCCUACGACUGCUGCCAGAGCCGCUGGAAUCAGCAGUGAAUCAUGAAGAGUAAAUGAAACGGGGUCUUUUGUAAACUUUUUAAAGAUAUUCUUGGCAAUUUCCCCUCUUAAUUACUUGUAUUACAUUAAACUGUACACAAUCCGAGCUACUUA